GAUACCGAUAAAAUAAUACGUGAAAUAAAACUAAAAUGGCUGCGCCCAUGGUCAACGCUGUUGAGCACACUUAGUUAGAAACAUAUGUGUGUUUUCACCUUCAACGCUUCAUGGUUAUUUUCAAAAUCGAAAAGGUUAUAUAAGGCCGUAGUUUUCUUUUCAAAAUCAGUAACAAAUUGGAAUGACACAAAAAAUGGAGAAAACCAACAAUGAAAAUAUCGACACUUUUUAUCCGAUUCUGAAUGAAGCCCGGAUUGAGGAGCAUGCAAUUAUUAGCAGUGCAUCAACGCAGGGAUCGGAUGUUGUGACAGAGUUAAACACAUGUGGACCGCUGUUCAGCUCAAAUAAAAAUGAGCUGACACAACAUAAUACUUGUUUACAUGACCAAAUGAACGAUGAAAAUAAUGCAAACAACGACAAUCACCAAAUUGAAUUUCAAACAGAAAAUGGGAAUCAUAAAGACAAAGUCUGUCAAAAUUUGCUAAAUAUGUGUGCAUCGCCUUUAGAGAACAAAAUCGAAGAAAAAGACAUAUUGGUUUAUAGUGCAAAUAUGCCUUUCUCUCACAGCCAUACAUUACAAAAAUGUAACCAAACAUUGUCACCAAGUGAACAGUUACAUACACAUAUAAUUCCACCAAGCAUCUCAACAAAAAAUCAAGAAAACAUGACUCACCACUCACUGCAAUCAAUGGAAGAAAGCUGGUUGAAAAAGGAUUGCGUAGCACAGACCAGUGAAAGUAAUGAUCUGUCAAUUAAAAUCACUUUUGAUGAUAAGGACAGUACAAAUAGUGAACAUACUGAAGAGGUGCAAGAGCCUCAAGCAAAAAGACCCAAACUUGAUUUCGACUCAUCUACCAUUUGCGACCCGCCCGAUGUGCUUAUUAUUAAAUCCCAUGGCAGUUCAGCGUUGAGCAAACAGUUUUCAUCUGAACCUUGUCAGAUAACUGGGGCAUGGGAAUGUUUUGAGAAUGAAAAAAUCAACAAUUAUCUUCGUGGCUGUAAAUGGGCUCCUGAUGGAACGUGUCUGAUUGUUAAUAGUAACGAUAAUACUCUGCGAGUUUUUAAUCUCCCACAGGAACUUUACUAUGAUGGCGGGGAAUAUAAAGUUAUUCCAGAAUUAGCGCCAGUGUUUAGUAUUAAAGAGUCAGACACAGUGUAUGACUUUGCCUGGUUCCCUCUAAUGUCGUCAGCAGAACCAGACACAGCUUGUGUGGCUGUGACCAGCAAGGACACCCCUAUACAUCUGUAUGAUGCAUUCACUGGAACGCUGCGUUGUAGCUACAGAGCAUACAACCAUGUUGAUGAAGUAGUGGCUGCCCACAGUGUAGAGUUCAGCUGUGACGGCCUAAAGCUCUACAGUGGCUUCAACAAGAUGAUUCGCGUCUUUGAUGUCACUCGGCCCGGAAGAGAAUUUACUAAUAGACCAACCUUCGCAAAGGAUGGACAGCGUGGUAUCAUCUCUUGCAUAUCUCCCAGCCCAACUGAACCAGGGCUCUACGCUGCCGGAUCAUAUGCCAAAUCUAUUGCCCUCUACCAUGAGCCGAUGGGGGAGAUGGUGUGUAUGUUUGAGGGACAACAGGGUGGGGUCACGCAGGUCAAGUUUUCCCCAGAUGGAACCAAGCUGUAUUCAGGUGGGAGAAAGGACAAUGAAAUCUUGUGUUGGGACAUGAGACAGCCUGGCCAGAUCCUCUUCACUCUCAACAGGCUGGUGACAACCAACCAGAGGAUGUACUUUGACCUCACAAGCAACAGUCGCUACAUCGUCUCGGGAAGUCACGACGGGACCGUGAUUGUGUGGGAUUCCCUGGCCACCCCUGUUACAGACGGCAUCCAUUCAGAGCCAGUGAUUCAUCCCGCUAUGAAAUUCCAGGCACACUACGAUACCGUGAAUGGUGUAAGCGUGCACAAAACCCUACCCCUAGUGGCGACAACCUCUGGGCAGCGACAUUUCAAGUGCGUCUUAGAAGACUCAGAUGAUGAUGAAGGAAGCAGUAGCAACAACACCAGGGCAAAUGCUGCAGAACGUGAUAAUUGCGUCCGGCUCUGGUGGACUUAAUAAGCCGGGAAGUGAUUAAAAGCAAAGCAUGUGGCAUUAUAUACUCAUUCCGUUAAUACGUUUCGGUCGAAUGUACAUUGACAGUUUUGAACUCUGUAUCAUGCGUAUCAAAGGCUUGAACUCUUUAUCAUGCGUAUCCUAGGCUCAAUGAUAAGGUAAUAUUAAUAAAUAAUGCCGGCCUGUAGCUUGUGGGCAUUGUGGUUGUAUGUACAUAACAUUGUAAACAUUUGUAUAUAUUUUCUCUCUUUGUGUUUUCGUUUGUAAUAGUUUGAUCAUUAUUGGGAACGUUCUUGAACGUUCUUCAACGUGUACUGUUUUGAGUGUAAAUAAAUGUUUUCACUAUUGUUAAUAAAAUUAUGUGGCUUCAGGUAUUAUUUCGCAAAUGGUAUCAUUAAAGCGCUAAAGCCGA